AUGGUUGGACUACAUAGUGUUCACUCGUGUUCCCGUUGUAGGACACGCACUUUUACAGCGUCAACUCUAUGUAGCGGAGGUGAUAGCAAGUCACCUACAACUCGUACCACAAGUUCAACUUGUUCAUACAUCGACAACUUGAGCAUAUACUUCCAAGAUUGGAUGACCCCUUUGGUUAGCAGCUCACAGCUGAGUGCCACGCCUACGACGCCUACGGUCUCAGCACCUACGCCCACUCUCCCACACGCCCAUCUGGCAGUCAUGUAUUCCCCGGCAGCGUAUCCCGACCAGCCCACACCCUACCCCCUCCCCACCCUCGGCGGGGAACAGUCCGCCUUUUAUUCACCGACGGCGGCAGGAUUAGAGCUUAAGGAUUCCCUGGCGGCCUCUCCUAUGGCCCCGACCUGGCCUUAUCCAUCCGUGUAUUAUCCCUACGACACCGCCCUCGCGUCCUACCCCUUUGCUGGAUACGGAGUAGGACUCGACGCCGCCCGAAGAAAGAAUGCCACCAGGGAAGCUACGGCGACGCUGAAGGCGUGGCUGAACGAGCACAAGAAGAACCCUUACCCGACCAAGGGCGAGAAGAUCAUGCUGGCGAUCAUCACCAAGAUGACUCUGACGCAGGUAUCCACUUGGUUCGCAAAUGCCCGCCGUCGCCUGAAGAAGGAGAAUAAGAUGACAUGGGAACCUCGCAGCAAAACUGACGAAGACGAUGAUGAAGAUGAUGACAAGGACGAUGAUAAGAUUGAUGAUAAGGAUGAUAAGGACGACGACGAGAAGAAGGAAGACAAAGAUGUUAUAUUCAGCGAUAGCGAGAAGGACAAGAAGGACAUUGACGGAGGGCGCACCAGCGCGGGCACGGGCGGUCCGGGCUCCGGCUCCCCCGGUGCCCCGCCCACGGACGUGGCGCCCAAACCCCGCAUUUGGUCCCUGGCCGACAUGGCCACCUCGGGCGGCUUGGGCGGCGGCAGCACAGGCAGCCUGAGCAGCCUGAGCGGCGGGGCGGGCAAGAUGCUGGGCGGCGGCAUGGCCCGAGGCCUCCACCUGGAAGGGUCGCCGUACUCACGCCCUCUCUUCCCCCACACGUCCUACCCGUACAUCCCCCACAGUGUUGGCGAGAGCCUCCUCUCCUACUCGUACAGCAAGUCCCUGGCCGCGGGAUUCCCGCCCGUCACACUCUCUGACGUCACCACCGCAGGACUCCUCGCCCCCGCCCCCCUCGUCCACGACCUCUCGCGGCACGACCUCUCCAGACACGACUUGGGCCGGCCAGAAAUCACGCGCCCCGAGGCCCUGCGGCCAGACUUAACCCGCGACCUGCCCCGUGACCUGCCUCGUCACGAGCUUGCACGACCUGAGCCCCACCGCCCGGAGCCCCGCCCACUCAUGGACAAGGACGUGUGAUGGCCCCGUCAUCCUGGCCGCGCCCUUGUGUGUUAGUGUUACUGUGGCCUGGUCCAGUGAGGCCCGGUGCGUGAGGUGGCCCGCUCUGCUGCAGGAAGGCCCACGGUUCUCCAGCGAAGGCCACGAAGGCGGUUCACCCGAAGCGAAGCAGGACUUCUGAGUGUGACCCCAGCAGUGCCUCUUCCUUCCCCAGUGCCUGCGGGUGGUGGAGGAGGUGCCGCAACCCGCAACAGUGCCGGGGACACUGUGCCACCAGUGCCAGGAUAGGAGAGAUGGUGUCCCUAUCCUCGAACGGGCAUAUACAUUCCUCUUUGGCCCCGAUAUGGUGCACGUGCUUCCUCGGGCACAAGGGUUACACAUUCCCUCGGCCCUGUAGUCGGUGACCGUGAAGGACCAGGAGAGCGGCAGAGCGCAGGGCCAGUGACAGUGUAGGGUAGUGCCGCAGUGUCGCCAGUGUCACAAAGUUAGCACCUCCUCACCCUGAGAACCUUCUCGAAAAGUCUCAUUAACGUUUUUUUCCAAUUAUCGUUAUGUUGUAUGACUAUAGACGCCAAAGAUAUUUAAUUUAGGAUGUUCCUAUAAGUUAUGUAACAAAAUAUAUCCUAUUUUUUACCAUAGUGUAACAUUGUUAUAAACUCUUUUUCUGACAUAUCACGGUUCUGAAGCAGACGUAUAACUAUACUCCACGAUGGAUGUGCUUUGCCAUAGAAAUUACGUCAGACUGUCUGUCACAACUACUGACUGCGUGAAGGAUGCAACUGAAAUCCCCUCGUGCCAAAGUUCAGAAACUACACGGAUAAUGUUCAGGAGGUGAACAGAUAUGGAGGAGCCGGUGCCAAAUUUCCUGUAAUUCAGCGUCAAACGAUAAACAGCGCAUGUUAACCAUAGUGUGACAAAAUGUGAUGCAAACGGUAAUAAACUUUGCCAUUAUUAAAGUUCUGAUCUUCGCGUGCACUUUGAAAGUAUAUCGAGGCUCCAAAGGAUAACAACAGAAAUUAACAGCAACGUUCUGAUUAUCGCUGAAGCUUCAAUGACCAUAAGAAACAACAUUGUAUUUGUUAUCUCUUGAGCGAACAUUUUUGUGUAAGGCAAAAACGUUUCAGCUUAUAACGGGAGAUGUGUUUGCUCGUAACGAUGAGGAAAAUGUAUCCAGGCUUCCGGCGGCUGCGAUAUGUGAAGAUGUGUUCCCUCAUGGUGCUCAUGGCGGAAAUGAGGAGACUUUAUAUUUACCGUAAAUAGAUUUAUAAGCUCUCCUCGUUCACGGUGAAGUCUCAUGGUUGGAAUGGUUUGUCACGUAUGUAAAAAUAUAAAGAAAUAUUGUUGUAAUCGUCCAACAUUCAUGAAAUGAUGUAUGUUAUGUAACUUAAGUAUUUCAUAUAAGAGUGAUUUUUGUACAUAUGUAAUAUAAAAUGAUAUUUGAAGAAAUAAAUAAUUGUGAUACGUACUAUAA